AUGAGUACCAUCAGCUACGCCAGCUACAUUUCCCUUCCUGCCCUCCCCCACAUCAUCACCGAGUGGUGUGCCCUGGUGCCGCUGGUCGUGCACCUCUCCAGCCCGCAUGAUGAGUUCCAGGUGAUUGGCAACGCGUGCCUCCGCGGCAAAAUCUGCCUGGAUCUCAUGCCCAAGCUGGGCCAGCUAAAGGCCGUGGGGAAAUUGCUCUCGCUGGGAUCCGCCGUACUCGACCAGACAAGCAGCGCAGGCGUCGCCGGAUCCAUGACCGUAUGGGAUGUGUCCUGGGGCAGCGUGUUCCAGUGUGCCAACGGAGCCGCGAGAGAGCUGCUCACCGCGCACGCCUUCCGAGGGAAGACCGACGUCGUUGACGUCGAGACCACGCCACCGGAAUCGGUCAACAACGCGAGACACUCACACACGAAAGUGGGCGGAGAGUCUUCGAUCAAACCAUCCAUCCCUAAGAACGUCGCCUUCUGCCGUCCGCAGGUGCUGCACCUCGUCGAGUUGCGCUUCAGUAAGGCUUCACCUGGCAGCAAAGGCUCGGCGACCUCCAGCGCGCUAGAGCGACUGUACACCGCAACCGGCCAUGUCGUCGUGACAGCACUGGGAUUACCGCUGGCCCUGCGCGGCGCCUAUGGGACGUGUGCUCUGCUCCUGUUGUCCCGUAUCAACGCCCUGGUCAACCACCACCUCCCCGUCCACCGACCGGCGGGCUACCUCGGAAACAACGAGGCGUACACUUCCGCCUGUAUGCUGGUUGCACCACAUGACAAUGCAUCGACAUGGCACCUCUACCGCGGCGACCGCGCCGUCAUCGACUGGCUGCUAAACAAGCCCAUGCUGGCCAUCAGCACCCCGCGCAGAUGCAAAUGGGUCUUCUGGUACUUCCAGCUGACGCACUACCUCCAGCUGUUGGCCAUGACCUACGUGGCCGCCCAGAAAGGCUGGGAUGGCCUGUUCCUGCUCAUAUUGAUGGUCAUCUCACGCCUGGCUGGCUCUGAAGUGGCUGCUAUGACACCCUGGGCUGCUCGAUCCGGAGGCGCUGCUGCCAUCUGGCUCCGACAGAACAACAUCGAUGUGCAAACGAGCACUUUCCGCAUGACUGGUCGGAUGCAGAUGAUUGGCGCGAUCGACUUGAUCAACAGCAUGGACCAGGCUGAAUGUUCAUCUUCAUCGCCGCCGUUGUCAUCAUCGUCCAUUUCCUCCCCUUCCUCCACGGGACGGCAUCACGAUACUGGCAUCAAUGGGAUCGACGUCUUGACCUCGACAAGCUCUCCUGCGUUGAAGUCCAUGAGUCGAAGAUUGAGUGCGAAUUGGAUGGAUAGCAUCGUCCCACAAUGUCCACGCCGCGAUGUCUGGCUGGAGCGCUUGAGUACGACCAUGCUGGCCCAAAUGAGGCAGCUGAGCCAGCCGAUUAGGAAACCGGAUAAGGAUACAAUUUCCAGCAAUUUCAGGGAGAUUCCCAAACCUGCGAAUACAUCGACACUCGCAUCUUCUGUUGCUCUCAACUCGAACCAUAUGCACCAGCCUGGCAAUCCGAUCCCAGAAACAGGAAAUGCACUCCCGCCAACCUCAGAUGGCACCGAACGCUCUAGUGGUGGUCAACCUAGCAUCGAGUCACCGGACACCUCUCUGAACUUAAGCCAGGAACAGGUGCCCCAGAGGAAUUCAAUCUCUCGGGCAGAUACACCAUCAAAUGACGUCGACAAGUCGUCGGGUCUCGAGCCCGGAGGAUCUACUGUCUCUAUCGCUGUGGCUGUCCCUGAUGCUCGAGUCUUCCCAUAUCUGGAUUCGAGGGAUAUCAAAUGGGUGGAUCAAAACGCCCUGUGGGCAUGGGAGACUGCACGUUGCAUAAUCCAAUCUUGCGCUGCAGCGUCGUCUAUCAAGGCAAAUUCCUCGCUGAAUCCGAGCACUGCACAGAUAACGGCUGUUCAAACUUAG